AUGUCGAAGGAAGUGAGUGAAGAUGGUUUACAGGUUCAUGUAGAGCAGCAGCAUGAAAAGGACUACGUAGAGCCACCACCGGUUCCUCUACUGGAGCUGGGAGAGCUUCAACGCUGGUCCUUUUACAGAGCCGUGAUAGCCGAGUUUGUAGCCACUCUUCUCUUCCUCUAUGUCACGGUUGCCACCGUCAUCGGACACAAGAAGGAAGCACAGUGCGAUGGUGUUGGUCUUCUUGGCAUCGCCUGGUCCUUCGGUGGCAUGAUCUUCGUGCUAGUUUACUCUACUGCUGGAAUCUCAGGUGGUCACAUCAACCCGGCGGUGACAUUCGGGUUGUUGGCUGCGAGGAGGGUGUCGCUGCUCCGAGCAGUAGCUUACAUGGUUGCGCAAUGCUUGGGAGGUAUAUGCGGUGUGGCGUUAGUGAAAGCUUUGAUGAAGCAUUACUACCUCACGCAUGGGGGUGGCGCCAACUCGGUUGCUCCUCAUUAUUCCAAAGGCGCUGCUUUGGGAGCUGAAAUAGUCGGCACUUUUCUUCUGGUGCACACUGUCUUCUCUGCCACAGAUGCUAAGAGGAGCGCACGCGACUCCCAUGUGCCUGUACUGGCUCCAUUGCCAAUAGGGUUUGCUGUGUUUAUGGUUCACCUGGCCACCAUUCCUAUUACUGGGACUGGGAUCAACCCUGCUAGGAGCUUUGCUGCUGCCGUGGUCUACAACAAUGACAAAGUCUGGGACGACCAGUGGAUAUUCUGGGUCGGACCAUUACUUGGAGCUCUGAUGGCAGCAGCUUAUAAUCAGUAUGUACUGAAAGCAUCAGCAUGUAAAGCCUUCAGAUCGUUCCACAGCACAACCAACUGA